GUUCGCUUUGCAAUGAGUUCUGCUGAGGUUGGUCCCAAUGAAUCAGGACCCUCCGCUGUAGCUGAACCUGCUAUCGCACCUACAACUGACCAACAAGCGACAGUUUCCGAAGUCGCUAAGCCAUCGGAUGUCGAACAGCAGCCAAGCAUCAUCAUUCCCUCGGAAAAAGAAGUUCAAACAAAAGAAAAAAUAGCCGAGCCGCAAGUGUCCCCAGCUCCAGAUUCAUUCCGUACUAGAGCGUCAUCAGAAGCAGCUUCUUCAAUGAGUGAUCAAGAUGACAGUUCGGAGAAACGAAGACGGCGUUCUACUCGAGAUAUAAAGAGGCCAAAGUUUGAUGAUGAGCUUGUUGAUAGUGGAGUGGCAAAGCUGUUGUCGCCAAGGGUGAGUAUGUUGAAGUGA